AAGCAUGAGGACAUUGCAAGCAGACCAGGCACCUGCUAUCAAGUGAUUUGAACCUCAGCCUGCAGGAUCAACCUCAAAAAUCCAAAAGAAAGGGGAUGCCUGCCUUACUGUGUGUGGCAGAGUAUUGAGAAGAAGGAUGAUUUUCAUGUGUUACAGUUGUUUCUGAUUCAACUUGUUGGCUUACGGAGAAGUGAUACUGUGUUUCACAAAGAGUGGCCUCACUAUGGUUUCCUGCCGUGCCGUCAACCUCAGGCUCCUGGUGGUUCUUGUGUUCGCGUUGCUGGUGACUAUCAUUCUGGGCCUGGCCAUCUGGAGGGUUGUGAUCAGGAUCAACGGAGGAUCCCUUGCUCCUCCUUCAAGCGUUCCUAUUGAAUUUUGCCAGAAUGGUGGAACCUGGGAAAACGGCAGAUGCGUUUGUACAGAAGAGUGGAAGGGAUGGCGAUGUACAAUUGCUAAUUUCUGUGAAAACAGUACCUAUAUGGGUUAUACUUUUGCCAGGAUUCCUGUAGGCAGGUAUGGACCUUCUUUGCAAACGUGUGGCAGGAACACUUCAAAUGCGGGCAGUCCACUGGCAAUCCGACUGUGCGGUCUCUCUGUGUAUGGAGAGAUAGAAUUACAAGAUGUGAAAGUAGGAAAUUGUGAUGAAAAUCUGGAAACCCUGGAGGGGAAGGUAGAUGAUAUACCAACAGAAUCUGAGAAUAUUUCCAACCGUGCCCAGAUUCUAACAUCUGAUGCCAGCAAGCUGACUGCUGAGAACAUCACUUCUGCCGCUGAAGUGGUAGGACAGAUCUUCAAUGCAUCCAGAAAUGCUGCACCAGAGGCAAAAAGGGUUGCUGUGACAACAGUGAGUCAACUCCUAGAUGUGAGUGAAGAGGUUUUUCAAGAAGCUGCUGCUGAUGCUGCUGAUACAUUUGCAACGCUUAUUGAGCAAAUGGAGAACUAUUCCUUAUCUUUGGAUAAUGAAUCAGUGGUGGAACCCAAUGUAGUGAUACAGUCAGUUAACAUCUCUUCAGAAAGCUCUGUGGGCUCCACAAGCAUUCUCUUCUCUGUGCUAAAAGGAACUAGCGAUUCUCUAGUUUCUGGCUCAACAUCUAUAAAUACAAAUGUGGACAGCCUGAAUCCUAGUGACAGGACUGAACUUCAGGUCUUGCUCAACACAACAAAAAAUGCCAAGGCAUGUGGCUUUGUAGUGUAUCAAAACAGCAAGUUUUUCCAGUCCAAACGGUUUACAACAACAUCCAAUUUUAGUCAAAGAAUUGUCUCAUGCACUACGGAUGAAAAUGAGCAAGAUCAGAGUGCUUCAGUUGAAAUGGUCUUUAGUCCAAAGUACAACCAGACAAUGUUCCAACUCGAUUCCUAUGCCUGUGUCUACUGGAAUUUUUCAACAAGGGAUUGGGACACAUAUGGCUGUCACAAAGACAGGGGCACCGAAGGAUUCCUGCAAUGCCGCUGCAACCACACUACUAAUUUUGCAGUGUUGAUGAGUUUCAGAAAGAAUUAUAAUUAUCCCGAAUCACUAAACAUAAUAUCCAAUAUUGGAUGUGCGCUAUCCAUUGCUGGUCUGGCUAUCACAAUUAUUUUUCAGAUUGUCACCAGAAAAGUCAGAAAAACCUCAAUAACUUGGGUACUGGUCAGUCUGUGUACAUCAAUGCUGAUUUUCAACCUCCUCUUUGUGUUUGGAAUUGAAAACUCCAAUAAGAACUCGCAGACAACAAACAGUGGCACCAAUGAUAAUAAUUUUGAUAAUACAAUACCCACAAAGGAUAUUACUGACACCCUGAAUUCCACAUGUACAGCGGUUGCCAUCUUACUGCAUUAUUUUCUGUUGGCGACAUUCACCUGGAAUGCACUCAGUGCUACACAGCUCUAUUUUCUUCUAAUUAGGACCAUGAAGCCCCUUCCUCGACAUUUCAUUCUGUCUAUUUCAUUAACUGGUUGGGGAGUUCCAGCCAUCAUAGUGGCUAUAACUGUGGGAGUUAUUUACUCUCAGAACAGUGUUGAUUCACAAUGGGAAUUAGACUACCGGCAAGAGGAAUUCUGCUGGCUAGCAAUUCCAGAUGAUAAUGAUUAUAUAAGAAGUCCAUUUUUGUGGUCAUUCAUCCUACCCAUGACCAUUAUCCUCAUUGGCAAUCUUAUUAUAUUAAUUAUAAUAACAGUCAAAGUGCUAUGGAAGAAUAACCAGAAUUUGACAAGCACAAAAACGGUUUCAUCCAUAAAGAGGAUUCUUAGCACAUUAUCUAUUGCAGUUAUCUUUGGAAUUACCUGGAUUCUGGCAUACUUUAUGCUAAUUGAGGAUACUGAAGUCAGACUAUUCUUCAACUAUGUUUUCUGCCUUUUCAACACUACCCAGGGAUUACAAAUUUUUAUCCUCUACACUGUCAGAACAAAAAUCUUCAUGAGUGAAGCUUCCAAGGUGUGGACGUCAUUGUCGUCGUCAAUGGGGAGAAUGAAGCCUUCUGUCACUCAGCCCAGGCUGCGAAUGAGGAUGUACAACAUGCUCAGAUCCAUUCCCACCCUCUAUGGACGAUUCAGGCUGCUGGAACCAUCCGAGGACAUUGUGUGCUCUGAAGAGGAUCUGGCAAACUCAAGUAUCUAGGCUACCUAUUGUCAUCUUUUUAUUCAACAUUUGUGAGUUUUGUAUUUC